AUGGGGGGUGGCGCAUUCAACCUGGACCCAGGCGGUGCGGUGGCUUUGGGAGUCAUUGUAGGAUUGGUGUCAACAUGUGUGCAAUCAGUAGGCUUGACGUUACAGCGCAAGUCGCACAUGCUGGAGGACGAGAAGAUCGACGACCUCGACCGAAGACCACCCUAUAAAAGGCGAAGAUGGCAGAUUGGAAUGCUGUUGUUCCUGGUUGCGAACAUUGUAGGAUCUACCAUCCAGAUAGUGGCUCUGCCUCUGCCGCUGUUGAGCACACUGCAGGCGUCUGGCUUGGUGUUCAACAGUAUAUUGGCUAGCUUGCUGCUGAAAGAGCCAUGGACGUGGAGGACCGCAUGUGGCACGAUAUUGGUCGCCGCAGGAGCUGUUCUGAUCAGCUACUUCUCUGCCGUGCCAGAGCCGAGUCACAGCUUGCAGCAGCUCCUCGUGUUGCUAGGCAAGACAAAUUUCCUGGUCUGGUUCAUACUGUCGCUGCUUUUUGUCCUAGGCGUCAUCGUAAUGACCUUCUGCCUACGGUACUUCGUCCCCGCGCAUAGGAAAGACACACCACGAAUCCUCUUGAUCAAUGGCAUGGCCUUUGGAUUGAUAUCCGGCAUCCUUUCAGCGCAUGCAUUACUGCUUGCAAAGAGUGCUGUGGAAUUGGUCGUCCGCAGUCUGACGGAUCGUAACAACCAGUUUAAGACCUUCGAACCCUGGCUACUUCUGCUGGCUUUCCUGAUACUCUCCUUGUCGCAACUAUACUAUCUGCACCUAGGCCUGAAGUUGAUCUCGACAAGCAUACUCUACCCUUUCGUGUUCUGCAUCUACAAUAUCGUUGCCAUCCUGGACGGACUUAUCUACUUCCAGCAAUUGGAUCGCCUACCGCCACUAUCCGCAGGACUGAUUGCGCUGGGCACCUUCCUCCUUCUUGAUGGAGUGUUGGCACUCAGUCUCCGCCUUCACGAUGAUGAAGAUGAGGAUGAUCAUCCACAUCACCUUCAGACCGAGAUACCACAAACACUUCUCGCACCUGGUUCCGGAUUUGUCGCAGACCCGGACACAGAGUCAAGCGAGUCAGCAUCAAUCCGCACAGAUGACGACAUGGAGACCGAGCGCGAGAUCAACGAGCACACCAGCCUCAUCCGCAAAUCUUUGGAUCGAAGUCGCACAACAACGAACAAGGUCCCUAAUUUCGUUCCAGGCCAUAUGCAUGUGCCCAUAGGCAGACGUCGCCACCGAGCAGCCACACUCAAAGACGUCAAGCAAAUCUGGGAGGCACUCGAAGAUUCCGAAGACCACUACGGGACCUUUGACAGGCCUUCCUCCUCGAACACGUUUGGCCCAGGCAGGCCAGCCAGCGCUGGACAGCAGCGCCAAAGACGACGCAGACGAUCCAGUAUUGGCAAACCUCUGGAGCCGAGUCAGGAACCCGGGAUCAGCCUCGAACCAGACGAGCAGCGGGCAUCUUCAUCUCGGGCCAGCACAAUGCCAGCGAGGAGUUCGCGGAGUCGGCGGAGAAGUAAAGCGGGAAGUGCACUGUUUUCGGACCUGCUUAAGAGUGAUUGGUGGCUAUUCAAACGGAAAGCUGAUGAUGAUGAUGAUGAUGACAAUGAUGGCGGAGCAUCAGGAUCCGCAUCGCAAUCUCCGGCUCGUGAACGAGAGCGGCGGAAUGGAGAUGUGGUGUAGGAAGCAGUGUUUUCUGUGUUGUGUUACGAUAUUUCUCGGUUAAAGAUACCCAUGAUUUUUGAGAAGAGGG